CGGUAUUUACCCUUAAGGUUUUAAUUUUCACAUUAGUAUUAGAAAACACACAAUUCCACAGGAUAAAUACUUUUAAGAUCCAGCUCUGUGGAUAAAAUAAAUAUAUUACUUGAUAUGGUGAAUUUUAGCAGCACUUUAUAUUGAGCAAUACAUGUAAGAAGAGAGUCAAUAAAAACUGGGAUUAAGGAGUCAGGAAUAUUUAUUUUUAGGAUUAAUGGAAGUGCUUUUUACAGGGUUUAAGUAGUGUGUAAGACCUAUGCUCUUUGUUGAUUAACUAAUACAAAAAUCAUUGGCUAUCACAACUUUAUUAAACAUUUGGGUUAUUUUAUCAUAUUAAUCUUCUCUAACUAAACAAACCUGUAUUUCAGUUCUCCUGAUUCCCUCCCCCAAAAUAAAAUCCUGGAAUCCCUCAGUAAGUAUGAAAAUCCAUACAAGAUUGUGAACUAUUUUAGUUUUCCAGUGAUUUUCUAUAAUUAAGUGUUUUUUCAAUGCAUACUAUAGCUGAGUGAUGCCAAAAGCAGAGGAUUGUUCAAAAAGUCCCUCCAGUGAAUAGUAUACAUUAAAUAUCUCUACUGUAUGGGCAUGGCCUCACAGAGAGUCUCAGACAGUUUGCAGAUCAAGGCAUUUGCUGAUGUACUAACAUUAAACAAAAUCGUAAGACAGUAGCAGUGUUUAAAUAUGCACAAAUAGAUUCAGAUCACUUGAUCUUUAGCUUUCUGUGCAUAUUUUAAAAUUGGAGUCUGUAUUUUAAGACAAACAGUUAAAUGUAAGACUUAUUUAAAGAGAACUACAAGUUCUUUGAUUUCAUUUAGAAAUUGUAGGGGUCCAGAUGAGCCCUAAUUAAGCAUAUUUUUUGUAAAACUCCAUGAGGUGUAUUUCCAAGGCAGGUCUGUAUCCUGCAAGGUCUAUACCUUUAUCAUUAGUGAUAAUAGUUAGGGUUAGAACAAAGAAAGAGUUGAGAUUCAGCUCGUAGCUACUGACCCUUACAUUUAAGUGAAGGAGUACAGAAUGAACAUGAGCUUGCAGUGCUCUUUGGUAGGAACACAUCCUUUUAUGUGUUGGUAUACAGAUAUAGCAUCCACAACUAGAGAACAGACUGCUAAAGAGGGAAGAAGCAUGUCCCGUCUGUCUCUAACACGGUCCCCAGUUUCUCCCCUGGCUGCUCAAGGAAUUCCUCUCCCAGCUCAGCUCACCAAAUCCAAUGCUCCUGUGCACAUUGAUGUAGGAGGACACAUGUACACCAGCAGCCUCGCUACCUUGACAAAGUAUCCAGAUUCCAGAAUAAGUCGUCUGUUUAAUGGCACAGAGCCUAUUGUCUUGGACAGUUUAAAACAACAUUAUUUCAUUGAUCGAGAUGGUGAAAUUUUCAGAUACAUAUUAAGUUUCCUAAGGACAUCUAAACUGCUACUCCCAGAUAACUUUAAGGACUUUAAUCUUUUAUAUGAAGAAGCAAAGUAUUACCAGCUGCAGCCAAUGAUUAAGGAACUUGAGCGAUGGAAACAAGAGAAAGAACAAAGGAAACAUUUCCAGCCUUGUGAUUGCCUGGUCGUAAGAGUGACUCCAGAUCUUGGGGAAAGGAUUGCACUGAGUGGGGAGAAAGCUUUAAUAGAAGAGAUCUUCCCUGAGACUGGGGAUGUCAUGUGCAACUCUGUAAAUGCAGGUUGGAACCAAGACCCAACCCAUGUUAUUAGGUUUCCUUUGAAUGGAUACUGCCGGUUGAAUUCAGUGCAGGUGCUAGAAAGAUUGUUUCAGAAGGGAUUUAACGUGGCAGCUUCGUGUGGUGGAGGGGUAGAUUCCUCCCAGUUCAGUGAAUAUGUGCUGUGCCGUGAGGACAGAAGACCACAACCCACCCCAACAAUCAGAAUAAAGCAAGAACCCCUGGACUAGAACCAGCCCUUCCUCCUUUGUAACCAUAGAAGUGUUUAAUAGUCCUUUAUGUGAAACACUAAGGAUUUGCAAAACAGUAUUAGCAAACAAAUUGUGACUUUAUGUUGCCAAUUAGUGAUAUUCGAAAACUACCUGUCACAUAGCCAGCCAUGAAACACACUUGAAAAACCACUUGUUUGUUUUUCAUGAUGAUCAACUGA